CGUACCGAAUUCAUUUAUUUCGAAAUAUUUAUCAAAACUUUAUAUAAAGUUAGUUGAAAAAAUAACAAUAAUGGAAUCGAAUCUACCAAUAGUAGUGAUAAUUGGCCCUACGGCAGUAGGUAAAUCGCGGCUUGCUUUAGAAUUAGCGCAACAUUUUCAGGGUGAAAUAAUAAAUUCGGAUUCAAUGCAGUUGUAUAAGGGAUUAGAUAUCGUUACUAAUAAAAUAUCACAAGCAGAUAAAGAGUUAGUAAAGCAUCAUAUGUUAGACGUUUUAGAUCCUUUAACAGAUAUUUAUACUGUCUCCGAAUACAAAAAAAAUGCUAAGCCAAUAAUCCAUAGUUUAAUGUAUGAUGCUUGCAAAAUUCCUUUUAUUGUAGGUGGCACUAAUUAUUAUAUAGAAUCUGUUUUAUGGGAUUAUUUGCUUGACUCUAAAAAAUCGGAAAAAAUAAUUGAUAAGGAUUUUAUAAACAGGCUUGAUAUACUAUUAGAUAAAUAUAAUUCAAAAAAGGGAGAUAAAUGCCUAAAAUUUGAUCCUUUUAAUGUAUUAAAUAAUGUUAAUAUACAUUCAGUGCCUACACCUGAAUUGUAUGAUUUGUUAAAGCAGAUUGACUUUGAUAGAUCAACUAGCAUUCAUCCCAAUGAAAGGAGAAAAAUCAUAAGAAAUCUACAAAUAUAUGAACAAUGUGGCCAAAAGCCUAGUGAUUUGAUCCUUAAACAGAAAGGAAAACAUAACCUUAAUAGUGUGAGUGGUAAAUUAAUUUACCCAAACUCAAUUAUGUUUUGGUUAGAUUGUGACAUAGAAAUUUUAAAGAGAAGGAUAGAUAAAAGAGUAGAUCAAAUGAUAAAUAUGGGACUCAUUGAUGAAUUAAGGGAUUUUUAUCAUAAGUUAAAUGAUCAUCCCUUAAAGCAUGAUAUAAUUACUAACAACAAAGGAGUGUUUCAGAACAUUGGCCUUAAGGAAUUCGUAAAAUAUAUUGAAACAGAUUGCACUAAUGAAUCUAUCAUGCAAAAAUGUAUUGAAAAUUUAAAACUGGUCACUUUGAAAUAUGCCAAAAGACAAAACAAAUGGAUCAAGGGAAGAUUUUUAAAGAGGAGAAAUGUUAUAGAUAUGCCAUUUAUAUAUAAUUUAGACACCACGAAGGUCCAAAAUGAUUUGGAUUGGUAUAAUGCCAUUUAUGAACCAGCUCUUAAAAUAGUAAAGACCCAUUUAAACCCUUGUAACAUAGAUUACGGAAAUAAAUAUAUAAAGCUAAGUGGCUCCAGUUCAUCACCAAUUGAUAAGAUGUCAAAUUCAGAAUGGACCCAGAACAACGUGAGCACAACUCACAUGUAUGAAUGUCAAAAGUGCCAAAAAUUUAUAGUUGGGGAUACUAGUUGGAUGUCCCAUUUAAAAUCAAAAGCGCAUAAAUUUAAACAAGUAUCUUGAUAUGUUUCCUCAUCAAAUACAUUGGAAAACAAUGGAAUUUUUAAGAUCUUGAAAAGAGAUGUGUAGAAAAUCUAUAAACCUGAUGAAAGCAUUCUUUACCUUGACACAGACCCAAGAUUAUCACGUGAUUGUAGAGUGUAAGAAUAAUGGAUUUGCAAAAUAUAUCACUUGAUUAGUUUUUUCUUCUAAAGCAUCACAUAUUGUGUUAUAUUAUUUUUGGUUUAUAAUAAAA